CGCGGAUGAUCGCCCAUCUGAGGAUGUUGUUAUGGCGACCGGGUGUAUAGCCACCAUCAUGGAGGCAAUGGGUUCAGCAUCAGAGCCCUACAUUGAAGAUGCCGUUGCCCUGGCGUUGCACCUUAUUGAGACAACUGAUGAAUCCUCAGCAAAGGCUAAUUGUGCAUAUCUUCUUCGGGUAUUGGUAGAGUGCUUUCCAUGUCGCUUUGAUAACGUUUCCGCUAUAAAUCCACUGCUGCAGGCACUUUGGGGAAUUGCUGGAAGCCAAGACGAGAUUCCCGCGGCGGUAGACAAUGCGGUGUCUGCGACAUGCACAAUGGUGCGCUUUCUCUCACCGACUACCAUUCCCCUUUCAUCUGUUGUCCCUGCGCUGCUGGAACGGAUACCGAUGCGUGUGGAUCGAACCGAAAACGCCAAUGCCAUUCGAACAAUCAUACACCUUCUGACAUCACAGCGAGAAUUUACAAAGUCGCACGUUUGGAUUGCGAUGGUGCGCUGCGUCGCCACCGUGCUGGCUGCACUGACCGUGGAUGAGGAGCAGAAGCAGCUGUUGGUCGUUCAAGGGGCCAUCCCUUUCAUUGAUAUUUGCCGAACCGAAUGGAGGGAAACAUGUGCACAGCUGCCAGUGGAACUACAGGCCGCCUUGGAACGCUACGGCUGUUACUGA